AUGGAGUCGGAUUUCAGUACCCCAAGUCUCGAAGAGCAACCGCUGUUGUCCGCCGCCUCUCCCGAUGGAAUAUCCCUUGAAUCGGACGAUUUCGUCGAAGAUUCCAUCCAUGAACCGACACGUGUACUAGGUCUCACCAGUACCGCAUUUCUCAUAUUCAACCGCGUCAUCGGUACCAGCAUCUUUGCAACACCUAGCGUCAUUCUGCGCGCUUCAGGCAGCGUUGGGCUCUCUUUCAUAUUGUGGCUGCUCGGAGCCACAGUCGCGGCUUGCGGAACUGCAGUCUUCGUUGAGCUUGGAACCGGUCUUCCUAAAAGUGGAGGGGAGAAGAACUACCUAGAAUUUAUGUAUCGCAGGCCACGAUUUCUUGCCACUUGUGUUUACGCCGCAUAUGCAGUCCUUAUCGGCUGGGAGGUGGCUAAUUCUAGUGUAUUUGGAGAAUAUGCUCUGCACGCUAUUUAUCCUACACAAACGCCUUCAUCUGUCGCUACCCGUCUUGUGGGCGUCUCAUGCGUAACAUUUGCACUCUUGUUGCAUGGAAUCCGCCCACACUGGGGCAUCCAUCUGCAAAAUACGCUCGGCGUGCUAAAAAUCUUUGCUCUGAGCGCGAUCGCCCUGAGCGGUCUGGCUGCUGCAGCUCGUAUUUCCGGAUUCGAGGUUGACAAUCCUAUGCAGAACUUUGAAUGGCACAGGAUGUGGGAGGGGAGCGCGAGAGGCGGCAUGAGCGCGUUCGUAACAGGACUGUUCACAGUUGUUUGGUCAUUCGUCGGCUACUCUAAUGCAAACUACGCGCUGUCAGAGGUACGUGACCCUGUGCGAACGAUCAGCAGGACCGCUCCACUUGCAAUGUUCUGCGUCACUGUUGCCUAUGUGCUCGCGAACUUUGCGUAUUUCGCGGUGGUCACAAAGGAGGAAGUGUUAGGCAGCGGUCGGAUUAUUGCCGCCACUUUCUUCGGCAAGCUCUGGGGCGUUGGCGCCGAACAGUUCGUGAGCAUGAUAGUCGCAAUGUCAACGAUGGCGAAUGUUUUAACUGUGCUCUUCACUCAAGGACGAGUGAUUCAAGAGCUCGGAAGGGAAGGCAUUCUGCCACUGUCCUCGCUUUUCGCCAGCAACAAGCCCUUCGGUGCUCCCCUGUCAGGACUAGCCUCGCAAUGGCUUCUGACCUGCAUUCUCCUCCUGACCGUUCCACCUGGAGACACGUACCUUCUGAUGAUAAACAUGAUCACGUACCCGCUCUCUCUCAUCAAUGUAUUCGUCUCCGCCGGUCUUCUCUUGCUGCAUGCCCCUCCCGCGAUCCGUCCAAGGCUCCACUGGCACCAAGAUGACGCGGAUCCUGUUUGGAGCCCCCCGUUCCGCGCCUGGACGCCAAUAGUGGGGUUCUUCUUUCUGUCCAAUGUCUUCCUCGUAUUCGCACCGCUGGUUCCUCCGGCGCCUGGAUUCAAUACUUACGAGAAGUUGCCGUAUUGGACGCAUGUCGUUGCUUCGUCGUCGAUCUCUCUUUUCGGAGUCGUUUAUUGGUAUAUGUACUGCAUAUGGCUCCCGCGCCGUGGUGGAUACAAGCUCGUCAGGGAGUGGGUGCGAGAGAACGGUGUUCCCAGAAAAGUCAUCAAGAAAGUCAAGAUGAUUGAGCUAUAGAAAGAUCGGGGAUGUAUUGGGAAUGAAGAUGAGCUUGGAUAACAAUUUCACGCUGAAGCAAAAUUCACCGCAGAUCACGCUCUUGACACGAGCGGGCAUAGUUGGUAUCCUUCUCGUCUCACGAUCGACCGAUAUCCAAUGUAAACGUUGUAUUCAUUCCGACGACACCAACGUCCCGACCUUCGUACGUACAAGAUGCUUUGCGAAACGCAGAUGAGACCAGCUAAGAUGCAAACGCAUGUAUCUCUACAAUCCAAGAAAGGGCCACGGACGUGAGAAGUGUAUAAAUAAUUGGCACACAACGGAUAAUGAAGUGGUGAGAUCGACUCGACAAAAUGUGAUACAAAAUCGAAACGGGGCAACCCACAAGACUGGUGGACUAUCCGCGCAAGAGAAUGAAGAGGGAAA